ACUAAGAAGCAGGGUCAGGCCUUCUUGGGCGGGUCCCCUCGGGACUCCCAACGGAGGGCUGGGGUGGUGAAGGGGAGCGGCAGGGGCGGAAGAGGCCAAGACUGGUGGCGAGGAGCAUGGGGAGGGCCGGAGGAAGGAGCGUCGCAGAUCCCAUUCAGCUUUGAGUCUGUGGCAGAGGCGGCCUGGCUGAGGUGCGGACUGGAUGGGGUUUGCACCAGCCGCUGCUUUUCUCCUCCUUGCAGCGCUGGCGCCGCCGCCCCGCGCCAGCUAGCGGCGCCAGUUAGACCCAGCAGGGUGAGCGUGGGCGCUGGCCAGCGGCUUAUCUCCCAGCGCUGGAAGAGAGAGCGCUGCGGGGCCGGAGCCAGGGCCGGCCGGGGCCGGGCAGCGGGGACUCUCCGAGUCCGGUGGCCAGCGCGUCCUCCGCGGUCAACAGCUCCCGCUGGGGUCAGGGCCGCGAUCCAGACCCGAGUCUCCGCGCUCGCCCAAGGGGGCGGCGGGAAGCAGCCGGGAGGCGGCGCAGGGGUCCGCAGCUCAGUCCCACAGCCCCGCGCACCAGGCGGCGGCGGCUCGGGUUCGAGAGCCCAAGCAGCCACGAGUUCCAUGGCGAGCGGUGACACCAAGGGCGCGAGUCUGGCGCAGAGGAGCGGUGCCGUGCGGCGUCCCGGGGCCCCGGGCGGGCAGGGCGGCGAGCCCGCCUCCGCCGGCUCAGAGCCGCAGUCCCCUGCUGAAGCGCCGGCGGAGGGCGCCACGCUGCCCGCCUGGAUGCGCCUCUACUUCUACGGCAUGCACGGCGUCACCGUGGACGUGCUGGUGUCCUCGGCGCGGAGCUUCGCCCGCAGCCCGGACCUCCGGAUGCUGGGAUUCUCCUCGCCCUACCGCUGCUUUCUGCACUCCCUCACCCACUUCGCGCUGGAGAAGGUCUACCUGCAAAAGCGGCUCUGUCCCAGCGCCUUCCUCUUUGAUUUCCUCCUCUACCCGUCGGCCCACGUGGGGCUGCAGACCCUGGCGAGCCAGGCGCUGCUGCUCAGUCUGGGCGGCGGACUCGGGGGCGCUGGGGCGCUGGACCUGGCGCUGCAGUACGUGCUGGCACUCUACCACUGCCAAGUGUUUCUGAAACGCUUCCUGUGCUUGCGGUACCGAAAGCGGCGGCGGAGGCAGCAGCAGCAGCAGCAAUGGAGCGAGCCCCCCGCCCCUCCAGUGGCCCGGGUUCUUGGGGCUGCUGGUGGCCGGCGACACCGACCCUGUGGCACCAGUUGUGUCGGAGCAAUUCCCAAUCGGGGGCUGCCAGACCUACUUCGCUUUCUGUUCUUUGGAAUGCAUGGCUUUUUGGAUGAGAUCUUCUUCACCUUCUUUUUUAACGUGCUGGGUCAGGGGGACAGGACAUCCAGCGGCCAUACAUCGCUCUGGUCCUUCUUUAUGUACGGAAGCUGCAGUUUCGUGGUCGAAAAGCUCUACUUCCACCUCCACUAUAAUCGUGGCUGGGGUACCUGGAAACGAGUGCCCAUCUAUGUCAUCUUCAUCUACAUGUGGGAAUUGUCCUGGGGUCUGGGACUAAGAACCUGUGGCGCUUGUUCCUGGGAUUAUUCUCACUACCCUCUCAAUUUCAUGGGUCUUAUCACCUUAAUGUAUUUACCUGGUUGGAUAUUCCUUAGUGUGUACCAGGACCUACUUUCUAACGUUUUGUGGCAGGUGCAGUAUGUACCAACCAACUAAGACGGGCGUGGGGGUGUCACUGAAUUCUCACUAAUGAAUACAUUUUAUUUUUACACGUUUUAAAUGGAGUGGGUUUUUUAGCCAUUUAAUUUUGAUACAUUUUACUAAACACUUCCAACACUUAUUACUUACAUUUUCGUUUUCCUGGCUAUUUGGAACCUAUACAUAAUAUUGAAGUAUUAAUCAAAACAUAACCCAAAGUAUUUAAUUUAUCAAUGUUUUCUAGCCCUUACAAGUCCAAACAAAGAAACCAUUCUAAGUUAACAUCUGAAGUCUAUAACGUAUUUGGGCAUAAUUGGUUGAUCAUUAGUUAUCUGUUUUCUUCUCUCUCUCUCUUUUCUUUCUUUCCCUUUCUGUUUUCCUCUUCUUUCCUUCAUUCCUCUCACUCUUUCUUCCUUCUUUCCUUUCUUCUCUUUUUCUUCUUUCUCCUCAUCUUCUUUUUUGAAGUGGAGUUCUUCAAAUAAAAGAUGUUUUUUUUUCUUUUUACAAGAUUUGGUGAAAUGUUCUGAUUCAGUGAUUUAUUUCAUUUUUGUACCUUGCCAUAUUUACUGAUGCCUGCUUAAACUAUCUUGUACUCAUGAAAUUACUGUUAAUAGUUCUUCAAGUGCCUCCGUCUAGCACACAAGUGUAAAGAAACCGACAAAUGUGAAGAUGAAAUGUUCUAUGAAUAGACUUUUAAAUAGGAAAAGCUCUUCUAGCCCGUUAGACAGGUGACACUGUGUUAAGCAUCCUGGAAGUGAUCACUUUCCAAUAUGGGUUAGCCUUAAACGCUAAGUGUGUUAGCAUUGAUCAAAUCUUGUGAUAUAUGGCUGUAAAUUUUUCUUACUGUGCAAUAUGUAAAAUGUUUACCUUACAGGUCCAAGGGCCAAGUAAAAAAUAUAUUACCCUUUAGUAGUGUUUUUACCCUACUAAUUCAUUCAAGAUGAAGUUAUAAGACUAGAAACAGUUCCUUGGAAUAAAAUGAUCCUGGAUAUUAAUCACAAUUACAUUACUUCUGUUUUCUGUAAAUAUACAUAUGCAUUUUCAGUGUAUUUCUACCAUGUCUUCCUUGUAAGCAUUUUAACUUCUCCUUCUACACUACAGAGUUCUUGGGUUAAAGUUGAUGUCAUGUUGUGCAUUGAAAAAAAUAGCUUUU